AAACUUUACUUUGAUUAGUAAACUAUCCAAUUUCCAACAAAAAAUUAGUUGCUAGUUUUUUUUAAACCCCAUAUACAUAUAUAGACGUUGCAAAAGAAUGUGAUGAAUAGAAAAAAUGAUGACUACUCAUUAAUAAAUACUCCCAAUUAAUGGUGAGUAAUUAACAAUGUCGAUGGGCGGCAAACAAUAUAUUUUUCUUUCAAAUAUCUGUUUUUUUUUUAUUGUCGACAUGGUAAUACUAAAAAUCAAAAUGUAAAAAAAUUGCACUCGUAUGUACAUAUGCAUAUGCAUAUAGGUGGACGUGUAUAUAAAUGUUAGAAUUGUGUCUCUCCUCACAACACGUAUUUUGAUAACCUUCACUUCCCAUAAUUCUCUCUAACUCUCACUCUUUUUCUUCUUCUUCGUAUAUCUCUCUUAGUGAUUCUCAUGGAUCCACCAUUCAACGAAAUAUACAAAACCCUUUUGUACAAUCAGAUCACAAACACAGAAAGAGAUGUUCCUGAAAUACCCUUUAGCUUCUCCGUCACGGCCGUCUUCGAGGAGGUGGAGCUUCCUGUGAUUGACGUCAGCCGUCUCAUCCAUGGAGCCGAGAAGGAGAGAGAGAACUGUAAGGAAGAGAUUGCGAGAGCUUCGAGGGAGUGGGGAUUUUUUCAAGUAAUAAACCAUGGAAUAUCAAUGGAUGUGUUGGAGAAGAUGAGACAAGAACAAAUUAGGGUCUUUAGAGAGCCUUUUGACAAGAAAAGUAAGUCGGAGAAAUUCUCCGCUGGGAGUUACCGGUGGGGAACGCCGUCAGCCACUUGUCUCCGGCAGCUUUCUUGGUCAGAAGCUUUUCAUGUUCCCAUGACAGAUAUUUCUAACAACAAGGACUUUACUACUCUCAGCUCAACAAUGGAGAAAUUUGCCUCGGAAGCGGAGGCUCUAGCAUAUAUGUUGGCAGAGGUUCUUGCAGAAAAAUCUGGACAAAAAUCAAGUUUCUUCAAAGAAAACUGUGUGAGGAAUACAUGUUAUCUAAGGAUGAACCGUUAUCCGCCUUGUCCGAAACCAUCAGAGGUGUACGGAUUAAUGCCACACACAGAUAGUGAUUUCCUCACAAUCUUGUAUCAAGAUCAAGUCGGAGGACUCCAACUCAUCAAAGACGAUAGAUGGAUCGCCGUUAAACCUAAUUCAAGAGCUCUCAUUAUCAAUAUUGGUGACUUAUUUCAGGCAUGGAGUAAUGACAUGUACAAAAGUGUGGAACACCGUGUGAUGACGAAUCCAACGGUGGAGAGAUUCUCAACUGCGUAUUUUAUGUGUCCAUCAUACGACGCCGUUAUAGAGUGUUCAAGUGAUUGUCCUGCUUAUAGAAAUUUUAGCUUCAGAGAAUUCAGACAACAAGUUCAAGAAGAUGUUAAGAAGCUUGGUUUUAAAGUUGGUCUUCCUAGGUUCCUUAAUCAUCUCUACUAAUUCAUUACACCCAAAUUUUUAUUUAUUUUAGAUUUUUUAUGAUUUAUUGGAAUUGUUUUUGGUUUGAUUUUUUUUCAUAUAAUUUAUUGUUCAUUUUUUUAAUAAGUAUUUUCUUCUUCAUUAUCAAAAUCGAUUAGAAAACCAA